AUGUCUAUGCGUCCUAAACCUGUCACCUAUUCUUUGUGUUCAAUAGUGCCUGUUGAGCCUUCGAGUAUGGAUCCGCCUCUUCAAUCUGAGCUUGGGCGUAAGAGGCGCGGACGACCACGCCAGUACGCUACACCCCAGGAUAAAACGAAUGCAAACGUAGAACAAAGGCGAACAAAGCGGCAGAAAGCAACUUCUGCCAAGAGGGACCAACAACAUACCCAUUUCUACGACGCGAGUACUUCAUCAUCACUACUGCCUAUUCCACUUCAAAUCGAUGGUGGAGCCUCGAUCCAACGGUCUGAUCAUCGAUUUGAGAAUACCAGCAUGAUAUCAGAGAUUCCGUGUCACGCCCCGGAACUUGAUGGUCUAGAUAUCUCGCACCUCCUUCCUCCACCUACGCCUCCACUAGAACCAUCUUUGUUGCAAGAGUCCCCUUUAAGGAAUGAUGAAGAUCCAGGAGUACCGUUGCCAGUUUUGGGACUUUUGGAAGGUGAUACAGAGGGCCUUGCUUCAACAGCCACAGCUCACGAUGCCGAGAUCUCGUCGCCCGCUCAUCAUGCAGACUACGAAUCUCGAGUGAAACGUCUUGGACGCCAGCUGGCGCAGCAGUUAAUCAGAUUUCAAGGAUGUUGUGCAGACUGUCAUCGUUCAGCAAAAGCCCAGCACGACCAGGUCCAAAGGGAGCAUAUCGGCCUUGCUGCUUACCUGGAAAGCACUGCAGACAUUUGUCCUGAGAUCAUAAGCUCUACUCGCAUUGCAUCUCCAGAAGAUGGACUUUCUGAAAAGUUGGGUAGCUUAGACCGGCGACAGGUUUAUUGUGGUCUUGGCUCUGGGGGCCACGCGUCCCAUAUCUGCUUGAAUGAGGACGAACGAAUCACGCAUGUUGCUGGAGUCAGCUUUGACGUGGAUAGCGUCACAGGAUUUCCCAGCAGCCUUGCUAUUGCUAAGCAAGGAAUUCGAUGGUCUCCCACCCAGAUGCCUGUUUCAGACCUGCAGUCGAAUCUUCAUCUCUGUCCGAGAGAGGUACACUAUCUGGAUAUGGCGGGAAACCAACGCCGAGUCCACCGUCCUGUGCAGCGAAUCCCGCAUUACACUUUCGGUCGCCUCAUCGGAUUUGAAGAUGUGUCGCUCUAUCUGCUGUUCCCUAACUUGUACCGAGAAGAGCAAAAGUCUAGUCGGCUCCGGGAUGAAGAUUUUCGCACAUGGAUGGACGGCCUGCUGCUUCCUAUCAUUCACAACCAUUACAGUAAUUCCCAUGUCCAACACUACCCCUCGAGCUAUGAUCACAGCAAGCAUAACGCUACCGCUCGCGGCAUUGAGACGCUUGCCCAAAGAGUGCAUCCAAUUGCUCGAGAGCAACAACUCAUGUAUUACCUCCCACCUGAGUCUUUGGGAGCUGUAUGGGCUUCCAUUCAGCUUGCAGUUCAGAGACCUGGAUUUCGUCACUUCCGCGACGUUACUGUUCUCCUACAAGCCAAGAAUCUGAAGGUCCUAACGAAGGACAUCACUUGGUCACAAACGAUGGCACGAUUUCAGAGUUACUGGACCCACUCGAUCGAUGAAGAGUAUGUUACAGCGGAAUUCUACUUCGAUGUAGGAAAGGAGACUUGCCCUGAACAGGCAUCUCAAGCUGCGUCGUUCGGUGAUGACGCGAUAGGUGAUGGCGAUGUCAACAAUUCGACGUGUGUUCCGGUUGGCACGCUUUUAUACAAGCGUUGUUGUCUCCAAUCGUACGCACAUCUAGCACAGAACGACGUCAGCGCCCAAGAAACUGAGAAGCAAAUGUUCUAUCCUUUCAGCAUGCUCCACGAUACUGGUAGCCUGACUAUUGAGACGGGUCAGCGAUCCUUACGACGCAAAACUGGACUUCUGUAUACUCAGUUCUACCCCAGUGUGAAAGAAGUCUUUGCGGCAGGGAACGUUUAUCCAUUUACCAACACCGCGAUCGAAACACUUGCCUUGGACAAAAGGUUACGGCGAACUUGGGAAUUAGUCGGGGGCGCCCUCAGUCAUCAGCCGGCAGCUUUGAUGAAAGCAUACUUAUAUACUAAGCUCCGUUGCCACUUCGCUUUGUUGGGGUCAACAAAAAAGUCGUUUGGUAUUAGGGAAGAACAUCGUGUCUCCAAAGACCUUCUCAAUGCUAUUGACACAGAAUUCCAUUCUCGGCAGCUGCAAGAUGAGCGUUUGACGGUACCGGCCAACCAAAACUCUCCAUACUACGACUUCACAACAGAAACUGUGCUACGCUGGUUACGAUGGAAUAUUAAUAAGUUCUGUGUCGGAUUUGAAAUGGUCUACAGCCUUCAAGACCCUCACUUCGUGACAUGGGAACAUACCCGAAUCAUGCUCAUGUUCCUCCGAUGCCUCCAGUUCUCGUACUCUGGAGGCCUCAUACAAAAGUCUGGCGGUUGUUGGCAAGAUGUUCGACUUCAACCCGAUGCAAACCAGCCCGAUGGACUCCGACGGACUGAAGGUCUCGGAUUUCGUCACACUAUGGAGACUUACGGGUAUGCGUGGUUUCUAGACAAAGUUGAUUGGGAAACGCUCACUUUCAAGCAACCUCAUGCAGCCUACAUGAUGUUCAACAACCCGUCCAUGCAAGCUGCCUACCAUGCUCGAUACCGUCAAGUUCGAGAUGUACGUAUUGAUUUUAUCCGAGUGGAUAAGGCUCGACAAUGGAUGAUUGAGUUCAGCUCGGUUCCUGACUGCCUACAACUUCUGGAGAAAUACCUUCAACAGCUUUGCUUGUGUGCUUUUCGAAAAGAUGUCUUCACCUACAUUAAGUCUGUGUUGCAUCCCGAUCACGUGGAAGCAGCCCUAGCGGGCGAGGUACCUCUCUGCUAUGACAGUGUGCACGAUGCUCUGGCUGAGCGCCACCGCCCGCCCCAGCUUGCGUAUGGGAACCGAUUAGCAGUCAAAAACAUUGAUGUCCUAUUUGCAUGGCUCUGGGAAUGGAAAGAUGGCCACUUUGAACGCAAAGGAUGGAAAGAUAAGCCGUACCGUAUGCUAUUUCAGCAAGGUUUUCAGGCCGUGAAGACCGCUCGAGGUGUAGACGGUGCUCGAAAGUGGCGGCAAGAGUUGAAGAAGUCAUUUUUCAAAAGCCAUUGGAUGCUGCCCUACCCCCAGAGCCAAGGGUUUAUGCGCAAAUAUAAGGAGACCAAGGAAUUUGUAUGGUGGCCCAGCUUUCACCGUGGACUUAAUUCAUACUACACACAAUUGCAACAACUUGGUUCGCUUGCGCAGCCACUACCAACAUCCAAUAUCAAACAUCAUCCGAGUAACGGUUGGGAAUUAUCACCAGGCUACUUCACGAAUAGUCAUAUGCCAUAUGUUGUGCACCCAGAACAGCAGUUACUUCGCAUCUCUCAGGAUGAGUUGUUAGGUAAGCUGGUUAGCCUUCGGGAGCAGAACUUGGCUUCCUCACCUCGGAACAUGACGAGACCGUCAGUGGCUGUCAGUGAAUUCAAUAUCUCCACGCCCGACCAUCUAGGUACUACCGAGAAGUGGUGCGCGAGAAGGCGAAUGUAUGUGCUGAAGACGUUCGAAGAAAGCGAGUCACCCGGUGAGUGCGCCGCCUUUCUCCGGAAAGCUCUUGAAAAAUACGAGCUUCUUCAACACCAUCAGCGAAAUCUACGCCGAAAUCGCCGGAAUCAUGCUUCUAAGCGACUAGAAGUCGAAUCGGAUUCAGACCCAGAAGGCGAUGAUGAUUCUGAGGCCACCUCAGAUGAAGAAAGCCUUGAAGUGAAGCGACUAGAACAAGCAAAAACAGUUCGGAACAUCGAAGCCCGCAUGCGAGAGCUCAUCACCCAGCACCAGCGAAAAGAAAAGAGGUGGCCAGGAGCAGAGUUGAGUGACCAGCGCCUUGCGUACUAUUAUCGGGAAGCGUUCCGUGACGACGGUCAUUUCACGAGAGAAUAUGGCCACCAGACCUUGCCGCGAGACGUCAUCAAAACGACCCCUCUACAGCGGCAAGCCAUGCAGGACAUCAUUAAUGCGCUGCAGAGGCAGGACAAAAUGGCAAAGGAGGUGGGAGCGAUGAGGAGCGUGACGCCGAGCUGA